UGCAGAUGUUGAAGGGAUUUAGUACCUAGUAGGAUCAGGGAUUGAGACAAUAAACUGAGGGGCAGCACAGAAAUAUGCGGAGUAUUAACUCAGAUCCAGAGAAGAUACAGUUAGAAUUUACCUGAAUUCGAACUAAAAGCACAGGCAAUGGAUGGUAAUGGGGCUGCACUGAAAUCACCCCUGACACCCCUGAUACUCUAAAAUUUACCAGAGAACCCCACACUGCGGACGAGUGUCCAGUGCCGCUGUAAUCAAUUAACCCGUCGCUAUUGCUGUAAUUAAUUAGCCAUUCUCUCGGUAAUUGCCCCGCUCCCGCCGCCUGUCCGGGGUCCCCUCAGAGCGCGGCCCCUCCGCGCCGCCAGGGGGCGCGCGCGCCGCGCCUUUCCCGCCUCGCCGGCGUCCAAGAUGGCGGCCCCGGGGCCGUGGUUGUGGCCGGGGCCGUGGCCGGCGGUGACGGGCGCUGUGGCGGCUCUGCUCUUUCUGCUGCUGUGGCGGCGGCGGCGGCGGGCGGGCGGCGCGGGCCGGGUGUGCGUGGCCGUGCUGGGGGACCUGGGCCGCAGCCCGCGGAUGCAGUACCACGCGCUGGCGCUGGCCCGGCACGGGCGCGAGGUCGCUCUGCUGGGCUACCUCCAGACCCGGCCGCACCGGGACGUGCUGAGCAGCGAGAACAUCCGGCUGGUGCCCGUGGCGGAGCUGCGCGGGCUGCGAGUGGGUCCAAAGCUUUUCCAGUAUGUCCUAAAGGUGCUCGUGCAGUCAGUGCAGUUACUGUACACAUUGCUGAGGAUAGAUCAGCCAUCCUAUAUUCUUCUUCAGAAUCCCCCAGGCUUACCCAGUAUAGCUGUUGCCUGGGUGGCAGGGCUGUGGUGGGGCAGCAAACUCAUCAUUGAUUGGCACAACUAUGGAUACACCAUCAUGGGCCUGAGUCACGGGAGGAGCCACCCACUGGUCCUCAUUGCAAAAUGGUAUGAAAAGCUUUUUGGGCGCUUGUCUGACUUUAACCUGUGUGUCACUGAUGCCAUGAAAAAAGAUCUCUGGGUGAAUUUCAAGAUAAAGGCUGUCACGUUGUAUGACAAACCAGCAUCUUAUUUUAAGGAAACACCAUUAGACCUCCAACACAACUUGUACAUGAAACUUGCCAAGGACUACGAGCCUUUCAAACCACGAGCUGGCAGUCCCAGUGCUGACAGAUCGGCCUUCACAGAGAGGGAUGGCACAAGUGGGAACGUGGUGAAGAGCAGGGGCCGGCCAGCCCUUCUCAUCAGCAGCACCAGCUGGACAGAGGAUGAAGACUUCUCAGUCCUUUUAAAAGCUCUAGAAGAUUAUGAGAGGUUUAUCAAGGAGGGAGCCAAGCUUCCAGCUUUAGUGUGUGUGAUAACAGGUAAAGGACCUCUAAAAGAUUACUACAAUGGACUGAUCCAAAACCUGCACUUUAAGCAUAUCCAGAUCUGUACACCGUGGCUGGAAGCUGAGGAUUAUCCUCUUCUGCUUGGCUCAGCAGACCUGGGGGUGUGUCUCCAUAAAUCCUCCAGUGGUUUGGAUCUGCCCAUGAAGGUGGUGGAUAUGUUUGGCUGCUGUUUACCUGUGUGUGCAAUACAUUUUGAAUGUUUACAUGAACUGGUGAAACACAAUGAGAACGGUCUGAUAUUCAGGGACUCGAAGGAACUCGCAGAACAACUGAAGAUGCUUUUCUUGGAUUUUGCUACCUUAGAAGGGAAACUUCACAGCUUCCGAGAGAACCUGCGAGCGUCCCGGCAGCUGCGCUGGGACCAGAGCUGGGACCAGACUGUCCUUCCCUUGCUGGGGAACAAGGAAUGACUGGGGGGAAGGAGGGUGUCAGACACAUUCCUGCAGCUGCAGAGAUUUGGGAAACAGUAAAUAAACACUUUGUAUUGUCUGCACUUACAGUUUCUAAAUCCUUUGUCUUGCAAUGGGGCUCUCACACUCUUCCUUUACAGUUUAAGCUUCCUGAUAAGAGGUGCUGAAGGUGCUGAGGCAGUUUGUUGUCUGAGAACCUGUGCUGCUUGAAGAUCCCUUUUUGUGAAGAUCAUUGAAUACAGAAACUCUUACCAGCUUUACCUCCUGUACAGUCAGCACUUUAGUAUUUGGGUGUGGAUGUUGGCAUAUGGCAGAUGCUUUUGAGUUCUUUCAUUUCAGCUGGUCAGUUCAUUUCAACUUCAUUAACUUGGCCAGUUAAUUGCCCAAGCACUGAGUAUCCUCCUGUGUGGUUUUAUUGGGACAGAACCAUUUUGUUUCCAAGUUGUUUUUCCUUUUGACAGUGUGUGCAGGAGUGUGGAAGCACAGCACUGGUGUGUGACAGCUCCACUGAGCACUUAGAGCAAAGCAGAGCCUGCAGUGAGUGUUCUCCUUGUACUCUGAAGUGAAUGUGCCCAUUUAUCUUGGGAAAGAACAUAAAAUUCAUCUCUUCUUGAACAGAUGAACAGAAAAGGCAGAAAUAAACACAAAAUAUAUGAAAAAAGUAUGUAUAACUUAGUCAAAAGGCACUUUGCUUUGUGAGUCCUUACUCAGGUAUAGCCUUCAGCUUUUUAUUAAGCUCAGUAUUCACAUGCAAGCCUAAUACUUACAAGAUUUUUUAAUCACCUUUUUGAUGAUAAAACAAAUGUCAGUCAUUGGUAAAUGUGCUUGGUUUGGACUUGUUCACUGCUCCUCGGAGCUCCUGCUUCAGGGUGGGAGGUGGACAGUGGGUUCUGCACCAGCAGUUUCAAACUCUGACUGAGCAACUAUUGACUGACUGCCUUUGUCAAAAGAGAAAGGGUGAAAAUAGAGUCAGGUUGCUUUACUGCAGGAAUUUGGCAGACUUCCAGCUUGUUGAUUGAAGAAUGAUCCAUAAAGAUUGAUUUACCAAUUUUUUGGUGGGUUUUUUCGCUGUUCUCAGUCAAAAUCCUGUCUAGGGGUUUGGCCAUUCCUGUGCACAUGGAGGUAAAUCAGGCACUUCUCUAAUUAAACAGUAAUGCUAAAGGCUUUAGAGAGGUUUCCUCUUCCUCUAAUAGAACUUUUUGGAUCUGAAAUGAGCUCUGUACAGAACCUUUGAAUUUUGUGUAAUGGGAGAUAAAGGAGCUCCUGUGUGUGCUGCCAGUUUGAGUUUACUCUGGAAAUAACACCUUUGAGUUCUUUCUUUUUGGGUGCAGGGAACCAGAAUCUGGACUGGGGUUACUUCUGCUUGAUCCCAACAGUCCUGGUCUCCUUUAGCUUGAAGAAGAUUCUUCAGGUUUCCAGUUAGGUAUCAUCAGUUUUCUCUCCAUUGCUACAGAAGGAGGAGGCUGAAGUUUUUUCAUUUCCUUCUAAGUAGUUUAUAAUAGAGAAAAGGAAGUCAAAAGAGGAGAAUGAGCAGCACUUUGAUUUUUCUGCUUCAGGGCCAAUGCUGCCCAUCAGAAUGAUUAAUGGAUGAAGGAAAGUUUCAGAGCAGGGGAGCUCAGUCCUUCCUCUUUGCAGGAUACCUGGGGCAUUGCUAUGGGGAGUGAUUCCUUUUUCAUUCCCAGCCCAGCCUGGGGGAGGGAUUCCCGGCAGCCACUGUGGAAUUGGCAGGCCUUAUGUAAGAGAAAGAGACAUCAAUUCAGAAUUGGCAUCGCUGCAGAGUAAAGAUGCACCUGAUUCACAGCAGAGUCUGGGACCUGCUCUUCAGCAGUCACCCUGGGACACAACGACAGGAAUUAGUCACUGUUUUAUUGGGGGGUUUUAAGCUAACCCAAACUGCAAGUAUAUACAGACAGAAAAGACCAGAGUAGACAAUUACAGCUGGUUUUAGUAUCAAACAUUAGUAUCUGAAACAUUAUUUUGCUCCCUUGUCCAUGUGAGAUCCUCAUCCUGUGAUCCUGCAGGUUGCCUCCAAUACUUACAAAUCACAACACACUUGGAAAAAACUCCCACUUGAAUUCUGUUGUAUUCUACAGAAUCUAAACAAAAUGUGAUUGGGGCUUUUUUGUUUCUGUUGCUUGAGGUUCAGUCACUCCCCAGGGGCAGCAGCAG